AUGAAUUCCUACUCGCGGCUCUUUAGUGGAGACCAAACCGCCUUGAAAUGGGUUGGUUGGAGGCGCCGUGUGGACAAACAACUUUUCUUUGGGAGCAUAUUAGUCGCAGCUGCUGUGUACGCCGGUGUGUACUACAGCGAGGAGGCGGAACGCAGUAGGCGGCACGCAUCAAUUGCAAAGGAUAUCGAGCGGGAGCGAUGGCGUGCCCUUGAGUUGGGCCUGGAGGAACCCACGGAUGAUGGGUUUGCUGACAAAUACAUUGGGCAAACGAGAACCUAA